GCAAAUUACCUCCACGAAAGAACCAUGGAAGCAUGAAGCGAAGAAACUCCGGAGACAAAGAGCCCACCAAACGUGAUUUAUUCUGGUGUUAGUUGAAACCGAUCUGCCGUCAGCCAUGAGAGGUUUAAAAGUAAUUCUCGCUCUUUGUCCGCAACUUGCGCUUAGUUUUGUAAUGUUUCCUGGAUCAAUUAACGAAACAAAUGGUGUUCAAACCAAAAAGAUAGUUCUCACCGAAGAUGGGACAGAAAACACCAGCCUCCAGAAUGAAACCUUGGCCAAAGCUCAGGCUUCAGUGACACGAGAGUCUUGCGAAUGCCAAUGCAUCGAUUACACUUUUCGCCAAGGAAAUAAUACCUAUGGUAAUUGUUUGGAAGAAUACAAGGAUGCUCUGUGGUGCUAUGUGCGAGAUUUUGGUCGAAGCACAUGUUUGGACAAGAAGGAAUCCUCUAGAGUGAACGGUUUGUAUUGGUCCUACCAAGCCUGUUCCACUCCGAGAUACCAGGAUUGCUUGGGAAUGAUCAACGACAAUGAAUACGAUUACUAUGACGAAGAGGAUGGUCUACCCGACAUUGGAGAGUUUUUGAGGUCCAACUUGCGAGGAGAUGGUUCUGAAGACAAUGAAGAAAAGGUGACUUUUAACGAUUCUCCGACGUCUUUAGAACAAAUUGGUCGUGACUCAGUACUAUUUGAGGAAUCUGGCCCUUGAGCGCGAUAUUCCAUUGGAACUGAAUCUCGCUACCUAAGCUCCAUGCGCUCUAAGCAAAUGUUUCAUUAUUUUGGAUUCUAUCGUUGAAAUGCUCGGUUCGAUCAGCAAAAGAAUAAAGUUAUAAAGGGCAAACAA